UCUCCAUCUUGUUCUUCCUCUUCUCAUAUCUCUUCUUCUCCUCAAGAUAUGGACUAGACUCAAUCCUGUCCUUCUUCUCUUUUCUGUUACACUACGGAUACACACACCAUCGUCCCCGCGCUGACAACCCCUGCUCUGCCUGUUCUCGAGCUCGUGUUUGCGCUUGGCUUUGCCCUGCUUUGUACUGCUUUGUCCUGCUCUGCUCUGCAAAGGCCGCAAUUGCAUGCACUGCACGUAACCCUCCUCCCGAGUCCAAGUUUGGCUCCUCCAAUCCUACCAGCUUCUUCCUCCUGAUCAUCCUUAUAUUCAUCCUUGUUUGCCCUUCCCUGCCCUGCCCUGUCAGCAAGUCCCCGUAUCCUGUCACAGCUUAAGCUUCUUGCGUCCCGUAUCCGCCAGCUCCCACCCGGACGGCCAACCAGACAAGCCUGUUUCUGCUGCUGCCUGCGAGGGGCGACGCUACUGUCCUUCAUACUUCUUGCUCCUUUCUUCUCUUCUCUCUCAGCCCCCCCCCCCCCCCCCUUGCAAGCAAGCAAGCAACGGCAACUGCCCUAGAGGGGGAGAUCAUCGCCUGAGUCUAGUCUGCUUCCUCGCUCCAUAUAUAUAUCUUGUAACACCACCAAGACCUCUCCUCAGUCCUCUUCUGCCGGCGGCCGUGGCAUCAAUCCUGGUCUAUCCAUCGAUCCGUCCUUCACUCGGCCACACCACUUUCGUUUCUGUCUGUCCUAGGGCGGUCUACACCAAAACAGCCACAAACCCAGGUGCUUUCCCCUCGAGCUGCCUUGACAGACAAACCCAUUAAAACCACCAUCAGCUUCGAUAAUAUCCUCUUCGCCCGCCCUUACUUUUGUUUUAUUUCCAUCAUCUACGUUUGAUUCUUCUUUUGCGCAGCUCGUCUGUCUCUCGCACUUCUUUUCAACUUUUCCAACUUGUUCGACGCCGCACAACGACAUACGCAUUCAGUCAAUCAUUAAAAGUCCUGCCUGCGCCUCUCAGCUGCGGAUCGAUCGCUCCAAUCCUCCUGAACCACGCCGCCGUGCAAUACAAAAGUCCCCAAUCCCUUUGAAGGUGUCGUGACUCAGUCGCCAAGAACCUGCCUACUGCCUAUUGCUCAAUCGGGACAUUGCGCUGCGAACCAACACGGUCUGAUCUCUGAUCUGGUGGAGGGAUCAGCCAACGACCAGCGUCCAUUCGUUUCAUCCGUCGUAUAUUAGACGGUGCACUUGUUCGCACCCCCCAUUGAGCUGUGCUUCACUCGUCCCUGAUACUCACUCGACCAAUUGCGAAUACUGUCCACCCAGCGCCAGCCAUGGCCGACGUCGAGGAGCCCAAGUUCAAUAGCCUGGCCGAACGAAUCGCCGCCUUGAACCAGCAAAAGAACUUCAAAGCCCCAGAGGUCAAGCCAAAGCGACCCCCGCCCCCGCCCCCGCCGACGAAUCGUCCCGUUCCGCGAAGCCAGACCCUUCCUGUCGCCCAGACGAACGGCCUUCCUACGCCUCAAAUCAGUCCCACGAUCCCUCCCCGGCCGGUCAAGACCACGCAGGCAAAGCCCAGUCCGCCGCCGCUGCCUCGACGAACAACCGACUCCUCUCAAGUCGACACGUCACCUCCCAGGGACCGCAUUGCUCCUCCACCUCUGCCCACUCGCACCUCGACCCAGCACAUCUCACCAGCGUUGCCCCCUCGGAGGCCUUCCACUCAGCAAUUGGCGGUGCGCCGUAGCUCGAAUGCUUCCGAAAUCUCAAACUUGUCGUCCCUCUCAUUGAACCACACUGUAUCGUCCGCUACCAGCAUCCAUUCCAUCGACGGCCCCGCGCGCAAGCUCCCACCCACCUUGGAUCAAGCAAACCUGCCCCCGCUGCCACCAACGAAGAGAGAACGGGAAGCGCAAGCGAAGGACGCCGUUGCUCAACAGACACAACCACACAAACAUGCCCUCGUGUCGGUCAAGUCUUCGCCAGCCAUCCGACAAAUUGAGCCCCCUCACAGGCCGGUGCUACCCCCGCGAUUGACCUCGAGGACGACCAGUCAGCAAGUUCAUGAGCCAACUCUGCAGGAAGAAGCGCCAGCGAAGCCGAGACGGUUACCCCCGCCGCCGACGUCGUACGUCAAGUCGCAGUCGCAUGCAAUCGGCUACACGGGCCAGGAACAACAAGCAAACGACCGACCACCUUUGCCAGGAAGGCCGCCAGGCACUGACGAUGACGCUCCUCCUCCCGUCCCCCUCAGUUCCCGCCCUAGCGUUGCACAGAUCGAGGCCGUCUCCGCCAAAGCCGUUGCCCGUGCAAAUGACUGUCUGAUCUGCCGCGACUUUUCUGGCCCGGAUGGUGUUGCUGCUCAAUAUCCUAGACAGUCACUCCCCAGAAACGACCCUGUAGGAUACUUGGCCCAGGUGCUUUGCGGACCAUUCGCAUCUCACACAGACAAGGCGCGAGCCAUUUUCACCUGGUUUCAUCACAACAUCGCCUAUGAUUGCGCCGCCUUCUUCGGCAAUAACAUUAGGGGUCGCUCCGGAGCCGAGACCAUUUUCAUGGGGAAGGCCGUCUGCUCGGGCUAUGCAGACACGUACAAGGAGAUUGCCCUCCGCGCAGGCCUGGAGUGCAUCACGGUCACUGGACACGGCAAGGGCUACGGGUACACCCCUCUGGAAAAGGGGGAGCGCCCGCCGCCGAAGAAAGCCGACGGUCACGCUUGGAACGCGGUGCGCAUCGACGGCGGCGAAUGGAAGCUCCUCGAUGCCUGUUGGGGCGCCGGUAACGUGUCGGACGUGACCAAGGAUUACACGCCCGACUUCAAGCCACACGAGUUUACCCGGAGGAACGAUAUUUUCGGACUCUCUCACUACCCAUCGGAUGACAGGCACUUUUUCCGACCCGAUGGCCGAGUGCCGUCUUGGGAGGAAUACUACAUCGGUCCGGUCCACGGCGAAAAGCCCACCGUCUACUCCCAUGCGUACGAAGAGGGCGUUUGGGACCACACGAUCAGCCCCAAGGAGCUCCAGAUCCCAGUUUACAGCGGCCAGGUUGUACGUUUCCAAUGGUCCAACAAAUGCGAGCACUGGACGUCAGAGAGGCACGGCAAAGGAAAGCCCCCGCUGCUUCUGCUCAGCAUCAAAGGGCGAGACGGCCGCAAGGAGGACAUGGUGCCCAUCGAGACGGACGGCUUCUGGCAUUGGGCCGACGUAAACGCAAUCGACCUGGGCGCCCCGGGUCAGAGCGUCACCGUGGCUAUGAUCACGACGAUAGACGGCCAAGACGCGAGAGGCGUGACUGCCAAGGAAUACUUUGCGAAGAAGGGCAGGUGUAGCAUGAGCUGGACGUACCUCAUGAAAUGGGAGCUCAUCUAAGGGGAGAAGGGCUUUCUUUCUCAAUGACUGUGACGGCCGGACACAAUAUUGUUAUACGUAAUGAUAAUGGGAAUUUAUUGGUUCAGGGUUCGUGAUUCUCGUGCCUCUUUGGCUCUGCAAUAAUAACUUUUUAAAAUCUAAC